AUGGAGGAUUAUAAGUUUCUUUUUAAAGUAGUGUUAGUGGGUAACGCGGGUGUUGGUAAAACUUGUUUAGUGAGGAGAUUUACUCAGGGCCUGUUUCCACCAGGUCAAGGUGCUACUAUAGGCGUAGAUUUUAUGAUUAAAACUGUUGAAGUAGAUGGAGAGAAAGUUAAGCUUCAAAUAUGGGAUACAGCGGGACAGGAGAGGUUUAGAUCAAUAACACAGAGUUACUACCGCUCAGCCCACGCUCUUAUAUUGGUAUAUGACAUAUCUUGCCAGCCCACAUUUGACUGUCUUCCAGAUUGGCUUCGGGAAAUAGAAGAGUAUGCCAACAAUAAGGUUCUCAGAAUAUUAGUUGGUAAUAAGACUGAUAGAGAAGAUAGGGAAAUACCUCGUCAUAUUGGCGAAGACUUUGCACAGAGACAUGGAAUGUAUUUUCUGGAAACAUCGGCCAAAGAAGCUGAAAAUGUUGAAAGAUUGUUCAUGGAAAUUGCUGUCGAAUUAAUGGAGCAAGCAAAAUGUAAGGAGCUGCCGAAGUAUGACGGCAGUCUAGGUCCCAUUAAUGGUAAGACCUCCAGUGAAACUUCUUGUUGUCUCCGAUCAUGA